CGUUGACAUUUUCUUGUAAAUUGUAAUUUGUAAAUUUUAUAAAAACUGUGCUUUCUGCUCUGUCUAGAUUUAUAAAAAUUCGAGUUGUUUGAAUUUCUGAUAAAACUCUCGUGCUAAUAGACUUUUACGCAUAAGGUUACUUGAUUUUAAGGUUUAUCAAAAAUUUUAAAACAUUCAUCUCAAAAUGUAUAGACGAAACAGACCGGGAUCAAAAGCUAAGGAUUUUUGUCGCUGGCCUGACGAACCAUUCGAGGAAAUGGACAGUACAUUAGCUGUACAGCAAUAUAUUCAACAAACAAUACGACGCGAUCCUGCAAAUCUCGAGGCAAUCCUCAAAAUGCCCGAAGCUCAAGAUGAAGGUGUAUGGAAAUAUGAACAUUUGAGGCAGUUUUGCAUGGAACUGAACGGGUUAGCAGUGAGACUACAGAGUGAGUGCAAACCCUUGAUUUGCACUCAAAUGACUGCAACUGAACAGUGGAUAUUUUUGUGUGCUGCUCACAAAACUCCAAAAGAGUGCCCGGCCAUUGAUUACACGAGACACACACUUGACGGUGCAGCUUGUUUACUGAAUAGUAACAAAUAUUUUCCAAGCAGAGUAAGCAUUAAAGAGUCAUCAGUGGCAAAACUGGGAUCGGUGUGUAGAAGGGUUUACAGAAUUUUCUCCCAUGCUUAUUUUCAUCACCGUGCAAUAUUUGAUGCUUUCGAGAAGGAAACACACUUGUGUAAAAGAUUUACUUAUUUCGUGACAAAAUACUCAAUUAUUUCCAAAGAAAUAUUAAUUCUUCCAAAACUUGAUGAUGAGACACCCAUCACUCAGCCUGUCGGAGAAUCGGAAGCUUGAUUUUAAAUAAAAAAUGGAUUCUAUUAUGGAUGCUACUGUCAUGUUUGUGAAGUGUAUGACUUAGUAUGGAUUAUACUUACUAUGAAUAUUACUUUGAAUGCAGAGUAAAACUAAUAAUAAGUAAUGUUGUAUGACAAGUAAGCACUUAAAUUUUGUAGCAUUUUUUGUACUUGUGCACAUAAUGUGUUGUAUUUAUUUUUAAUUUCAAUAUAAUAUUAUUUUCCUACUUAUAAGCAUGGACGAUGCUUAUAAGUGACUACAUAUUUGUAUAUGACAACUAGUACUUGUUAAUGUAACCAAUGUAAUUUUUUAUUACUGUGUUAUGAACAAGUAUUAGUUUUAAACAAGUUUCUGAUGUAUAAUCUAAAAAGGGCUGUAUAAUUAUCACCUUUUUAUUAUUUACUAUUUUUUUCUGCAUUACGAAAUGAUAUAUAGUAGGACUACUGUAGGUACCAGAGUGGUAUAUUUCAAUAAUAUUAUAUUCUAAAGCUGUUUAACAAAUGAAUCUCCUGAGAAAUAAACUUUAUUUGUAAUCUUCAAAUAUGAAAAAACCAGGUGUUGCAUUUUUACAGAACAAGAUGAAAAUAUUUUGAUUACAUGAAUAAAGUAACUAUGCACACUCCCAAGCAAUUUAACAUUGAAGUAUUAAACAUUUCCAUUGUGAGGCACCUCAUAUUCUGUAAAUAUCUUUAUUUAACUCGAUAAUAGUUGUAUGUCUCUAUAUGAAUUAUAAUAUUAUUCUAUCAUUUGUAAAUGUAUCAGGUAGUCACGAAUUACAAAAGUUUCAACUA